AUGACCGAAACCGCUUGGGAGGACGAAUGGGAGCGAUUGCUGUGGAAGAAGAAACCAUAUCCAGAUAACCAUGUACCCAAGUCGUUCUUAUCGUCUCUAAGCAAGAAUUCGAAUUUCAGGCCAUACACAUACUGGUAUUUAGUGCGAUCCUCCUUCGCAGUUACGCAACACCUCGCGACGAUAGUCAUAUUCGUUGCCAUCUUUGUGCACCUCAAUGAACGAAAACUGGACCCACGGGCUCUCGUAUGGGCAUCGGUUGGCACGUUCUUAGCUGGCUGGUUAGUGUGGGAGGCCCUAGACUGCUGCAGUGGCAGACAGUUACUUCGCGGAACCUCCGCCAGCACAACCCGUGCGAAGAUCGUGAAGUCCUCGAUACUAGUAUUCUUGGCCUUAAUGUCGGUGUCGCCAGUAUUACGGACGUUGACAGCGGCGACUUCGUCGGACUCCAUCUGGGCGUUAUCGGCCUGCCUAUUCAUUCUCAACGCGCUUCUGGCAGAUUACACUGCCCUACCGCUGGACACGCAUCUCCGCGAAAGGUUGACGUCUGUCUUGUCGAUGAAUGCAGCGAUAUCAUCGUCGGUGGUUCUGGCAUCUCGACUGCCGAGUGAUCUCUCGGUAUUCGGCCUUACGUUGGUCUCCGUGCAGCUCUUUGCUUUAUUCCCGAUGCUCCGUCGACGUCUCCAGGCCGGGCCAGCUAUUGUUCAGACUGCCGUCACGAUCAUAUUGUGCCUGUCGUCCAUUUUAUCCGCGGACUCUGUGUCACGCACUGCGACCGCACUAGUCUUCGCGGCCUUCACGGCCGUCACCUUUGUGGCACCUGGCGUCCACGUGUGGGCUCAGAAAUACAAGAACGAGAUCAGGGGGACCUGGGACCCGGCAGUACCCAGGGUUAAUAGAACUGAGAAGCCCAUAAUAUAG